AAAUAAUUUAUAUCAACUAACAAAAUCCAUCAAUCUCCAACUUAAUACUGAGAGAUCUUAUUCUUAAUCCACUAAAACAAAAUCUUAAAACCCUAACAACACAACCCUUUAAUUUUCAAACUGCUCUCUCUUGAUAGAGAAGAAGAAGACAACACAAAAAGACGCGUACGAUUCCCGCAACUACUCUCUUUUCUCUUCAUCGCCGGCCUGAAGAAUGUCGACAACCCGUAGGAUCCGCGGCGAGAAUCGGUUCUACAACCCUCCCGCGAUCAGGAAACUGCAACAGGAGCGGGAGAAGAAGAGACUCGAGGAGAACAAGGCCAAGGAGAUAACACUCGAUCGACAGAAGAAGGAGGAGGAGAAGCGUCCUUUACCCUCUCCCGACGAGUGCUCCACAUCCGAUGAUUGCUCUGUCCCGGGUCGGGUCGGGUCUAAUUUGGGGCGGUUUCUCGAUUGCACCACUCCCGUCGUUCGAACCCAGUACUUGCCUUUGACAAGCACCAAGGGUUGGAGAACUCGUGGACCUGAGUUCUGUUCUUACUUCUUACUGAAUGAUUUGUGGGAUUCGUUCGAGGAGUGGAGUGCUUACGGUGUUGGGGUUCCUCUUCUCUUGAAUGGGAUUGAUUCGGUUGUUCAGUACUAUGUUCCCUAUCUCUCUGGAAUCCAGCUUUAUGAAGACCCAUCAAGAAGAGCCUCUGCAAGUAGCAGGAAGAGGGCUGGGGAAGAAAGUGAUGGUGAUUCGCCUAGAGACAUGAGCAGCAAUGGCUGCAGAGUCUCUUUGGAGGAGGAUAAACCAUGUGUUGGAUCUUCCAGUGAUGAGAGUGAAGACUCUCCUGGUGACCUCGUCUUUGAGUAUCUUGAAGCUGCCAUGCCAUUUGGCCGUGAACCAUUGACUGACAAGAUAUUAAACCUGUCAUCACAGUUUCCAGCACUCAGAACAUACAGGAGCUGUGAUCUAUCGCCUUCGAGUUGGGUCUCUGUUGCUUGGUACCCGAUAUACCGAAUACCGUUAGGUCAAUCUUUACAAAACCUGGACGCUUGCUUCUUAACAUUCCACUCCUUAUCAACACCCUCUCGAGGUACAAGCAGCAAUGAGAACGGUCAAAGCUCAAGUAAAUCGGUAGCACCAUCGAAGAAGCUUACGUUGCCCACUUUCGGUCUGGCGUCUUACAAGUUCAAAAUGUCGGUGUGGAGUCGAGAAAGCGACGUGGAAGAGAGCCAGAGGGUCGUGGCUUUGCUAAGAGAAGCUGAAGAGUGGCUGAGGCGGUUGAAGGUUAUGUUGCCCGACUUUAGACACUUCGUAACGCAUAGUGGUGGUUCGGCUUGGAGAUGAUGAUAGCUUUUAUUAUAGUCAUUUCUGAAAUCUGAACUAAUUAAAUAAAAAGAGUGAUUACUUUUGAAGGGACGUGAGAGUUUUGUACAGACGGUGAUACUACAUUUUGUUAUGAUACUGUGGAGGCUUUUUGUUAUGUAAUUGAUGAUACAUAUUUCAAAGAGUUAUUAGAGGCA